AUGUUCCCAUUUUUGUUAAAUCCUGUCCACUCGGCAUAUACAAUUCUCGGGAUUGAGCCACUCGAAACUCUGCUGGAAGAUGUACCAUGUCCGCUGCGUGAAGAUGUUGUCGACGAUAUGUUGACCAAAGAAGAGGUGCUCAUGAAUGCUGCAAAAACAGUAGAAGAUUAUUUUGUUACACCUCCGGGUAAUAUUCCACUGGAAGAAUCAGAUAGGCUUGAUCUGGAAAAAGUUGAAGAUUGGGAUCGCAAAGCAAUGGAGAACCGAACUCGGUGGCAUACAUGUUAA